GCUGUUCUGUUUUCCGCUCUCCCCCUUCCUCUCGGUCCAUCUUCAUCACAUCCAGUGUUUGCGUUGUGCGCCUUUAAGCGACCCCCUCUACCUCCUCCUGCAGCGCGCAUGGAUCCGCCUUGAGUGCUCCCCUUGAUGGGGACCACUCUUUGCCUUUUWAACCUGAGCCGCGCGGUGCCGAGAUCCCCGCGGGGAGUCAGGCGCAUACUUCAACCCCGGGGCAGCUGAGGGGAAAAAAAAUAAACACAUCGGUCUGCUUAUACGAGCAAGAGACCCCCCCUGCUGGGACAGCCUCCUGCGUUUCAGUAGGUCUGGUGUGUUUCAGCAGCACCACAGCUCCCCAUUCUCAGACCAGUCAGCUCAGUUAUUUCACUGAAGAUUUAUUUUUAGCAAGAAAGAGGAAAGUAAAAGUUAAAUUCAGAGGUGACCCAGGUUUACAAGCUGAUGGACAAGUCCUGUUGAUUUCAUGGAGAGCUAAACGUGAUUAAAACGAGACCAAAACUGAGAACUACAGCAUGUCUGAGCUUAAGCAAGAGUGGUUUAAUCCAAAGGAAUUCCACUUGUUUUGUUUGCUUUGCAAUAAAUCCAAAAGGAGGAAAAAAACAUUAUGCAAUACUGAACUGGAAUAAAUUUGGAUGAAAAAAAAAGAGAAACUGUCCCAGCGAAACUUCUCACUGUGUUUGCACAAGAAUACAUGAUUUAAUACCACCCACCAUCCUCCCACUGAACUUGCAUGUUUUAAAAAGUUUCCCUAAAGUCUCCUUCUCCUGUAGUAUUAUGUUACAGCUCUCCUCACCCAAUCGUAGAAUCCUCCCCCCAACCCCCCAAAAUCCUCCUGCCUGCUCUCCGCUAUAAGAGCCGCGGUCCUCCCAGCCUGGCAGACACCUCUCCCCUCCCUGAUGCGCACCAGAUUUCAGGAUCCAGAUCCAGCGCAGGCAUUAUAUUACUUGAUGCUGUGACCACUUUAGUGGAUUUGGGUUCAAACAGUCCAAAAAAGAAGGGGAAAAAGGCAAGUAAAGAGGGUUUUCAAAUGCGGGAAGAGGACUCCUCCCCGAUGGACAGCGCUGGGAACAGCGAGGAGGAGAGCGAGCGUCAGCUACCGCGGAGAGGCGCGAGGAAGAGGCGGACGACCCGGAGGAGCUCGGACGAAGGGGAGGAGGGGCGCGCGGAGAGUCCCAGCCCGGGCAAGAAGAGAGCCAGGAAGGGCUGCGACGACGGGGGCGGAAGCGCCGGCAGCGGCUGCAGCGAGGCCAGUUGCAGCCCCGCGCGCUCCUUCGACGACCUGCAGACGCAGCGCGUCAUGGCCAACAUCCGCGAGCGCCAACGGACGCAGUCCCUCAACGAGGCGUUCACGUCGUUACGUAAGAUCAUCCCCACCCUUCCGUCCGACAAGCUCAGCAAGAUCCAGACGCUGAAGCUGGCGGCCCGGUACAUCGACUUCCUGUGCCAAGUUCUGCAGAGCGACGAGCUGGACGCGCGAGGAUCCAGCUGCAGCUACGUGGCGCACGAGAGACUGAGCUACGCCUUCUCCGUUUGGAGGAUGGGGGGCUCGUGGAGCUUGUCUACUACGUCCCACUAGCUGGAUCCAGGUUGUUGGUGUUGGCUGGCAUGGCUUGGAUUUCCCAAACUGAAGAACAAAGAGUUCAGACAAUAGAACUCUUGAAAUGGGCCAAAAAAGCAGCUGAAUCCCAGGAUCAGCUGCUUUGCUUCAGGCCUGAGGAGGAAGGCCGCCCCCUUUUCUAUUUCCCUUUGCAUGGACUGUGAUGUGUGCAAGGGAGCACUUACGGGACAGUCAGGAUGCAUGAAGGAAAGAAGACCACUGCGACUAUGAAUGUUGUCAAACCAAAUCGAGCUCAGACGACCUGCUCUGUUUUGAACCACGAGAGACAAUCCAGUCCACAUUCCCUGUGACAGCGUUUCACACAAACUGAAGUAUGUUGUAUUUAUUUUUCCAAGCAAUCUUUUGCUGUUUUUCAAAUAAAAGUUAUUUAUUUUGUGAUGUCACAGAGCGCCGAGCAAAUCUGGACUUUGAACAUUUUGUGUGUUGUAAAUAUUUGGAAAAAGAUGAAUAAAAAAGGGUUUUGAUAUUGCUAA